AUUGCUAAAAAGACAAUAUUUUGCAAUAGUUGAGAUGAUGGGCACAGCUGCGAGUGGAUUUGGUUGGAACGACAAAGAUAAAAUGAUUGUGGUGGAGCGACAAAUUUUCAAUGAAUGGAAGAGUUCCCAUCCUAAUGCUAAUGGCCUCUAUAAUAAACUAUUUUCACAUUUUGAGGAGUUGGGAAUAGCAUUUGGUAGAGAUAGGGCUCAAGGAGGCAAUGCAGAAAAUGUAACUCAAGCAGUUGCUACAAUGGAGGCUGAGCGCGAAGCAACCUUGAGUGAUCGGCAAGUGAAUGAAAACACCCAAGUAAAUUUGGAAGAGACCGAAAUGGAAUAUGAAGCUGAUUCUCAGGAGCCUCCAACUCCUGGUGUUUCUGUUGCUCCCGGUGCUUCUGCUGCUCCUAGUGCUUCUGCUGCUCCUAGUGCUUCAUAUAUAGAAAGGAAUAAAAGAAAAAGAGGGAGCAAAAGUGAGGAAGUGAUUGACAUAGUAGUAGAAUCAAUGAGAGAUAUGAAAGGUGCUUAUCAAGAACACACAUCCGUUUUAGUUGAUAUGGUUUCUUGUUUUAAGCAUGAGAAAGAAGGAGCUGAGCGCAGAAUGAAGCUAAUGGCACUGUUGAGAGAUGUUCCUGGUUUGAGCGGUGAUGAUAGAAUGAAGGCUGGCCUUAGCAUUCUAAGGGACAAUAGUCUGAUCGACAUGGUGUUCCAACUUCAACCGGGGGAACUUUUGCCAUUUUUGAAGAAAUUGCUUUAAAUAUUGCUAUUUUUGAAUUUUUAUUGAAUAUUAUAGUGACUUGAUAGGAAGACAUUUGUGCCAAUUGUUGCUGUUGUUUUGUGAGGAAUAUAAGGUUUUAAGAUUCAUGGAAAACUAGUUAAAGUUCCUCUUGAACUAGAAUGUGUAGCAACUGGUGAUGGCUUGAUUCCAAUAAAUGUUUGUUGACAAUUGAUGGUGGAUUUUGGAAUUUUGUUGCUUUGUAUAUAAUUGAUCAUAGAUUUUGCA